GCCUAUAGCGUAGUCACAUAGCAACUUGUUGACACCCAAACCAACCCUUGUCUUUAGUGCUUCACUCGUUUUCAUCUUUUUCUCCCUUAUUUUUGUUGCGGAGCUUUUUUCACUCGUCAGUUUAAGUGUGUGUGUGUGUGUGUUUUCUCUUGAUAUUUGUUUUUUGAUUUUCGGUUUGAUUUCGAGGAAAAGGUUCAAUCUUGGCAUCUGGGGAUUUGAGAUUCUGCAGAUUUUCAUCAGAUAAGUUGCUAAGCUUCCUCAGUGAUGAGACUCUAAAAGGUUUUAAGCUUUUGUUUAUGUGAAUCUUUGUUGAACAUUUGUUUGCUGCUGGGUGAUUUUAGCACUUUGGUUGGUCCCUCUGUUGUGUUGUGGAAUUUUUGCCUGUGGGUUUGGAAUAUUGGUGUUUGAAUUGGUGAUUUGGGGCUGUUUUCAUUUGAAGUUCUAGAUGGUGAUAGGUGGGUUUGAAAACGUGUUGGAAGAUUGAAUAAAGAUGAGUUUGUGUGAUUUGAAUGGGUAGGUUUUAUGACGAGCACUUAGAUAUGUGUGUGAAUUAGGAUUUAUGGUAGAAUUGGUUAAUUGGUGUGAUCUAUUUUGUUGUUUGUGAGAAGCAAUGGAAGGGAAUUUGUCACAGGGAGGUAUGAUUCAAGGUGGAGGUUCUUUUGGUGGUUUUGAAAUGCCUGGAUCAAUGCGGGUUCAUAGGCAAGCGCAGCAUUCACAUGCCAUGAACCAGCAUCAAACACAUCCUUGUCAAGGGUCUUCAGUGCAUUCCUCAGUUCAUGACGGUUUUCCACUUACAAUGGGAACCAUGCAGAGCUGUGAUCAGACUGUGUCAAUGACUGAGUUUAGUCAAGGAGAUAGAAACAAAAACUCACCAAGUGAGGAAGAUGAGCCAAGCUUUGCUGAGGAAGGUGUUGAUGGUCAUCAUGAAGCAGGUAGAGGGAGAAAGGGGUCGCCGUGGCAGCGAGUGAAGUGGACUGAUAAGAUGGUGAGGCUUCUGAUAACGGCUGUUUCUUACAUAGGUGAGGAUGGAACUUCUGAUGGUGGCAGUGGGAGAAGAAAAUUUGCAGUGCUACAGAAAAAGGGGAAGUGGAAAUCUGUUUCCAAGGUCAUGGCUGAAAGGGGUUAUCAUGUUUCACCUCAGCAGUGUGAGGAUAAAUUCAAUGAUCUUAAUAAAAGGUACAAAAAGCUUAAUGAUAUGCUUGGAAGGGGAACUUCUUGUCAGGUUGUUGAAAAUCCUGCUCUGUUGGAUGUAAUAGAUUAUCUUUCUGAGAAAGAAAAGGAUGAUGUUAGAAAAAUAUUGAGCUCAAAACACCUCUUCUAUGAAGAGAUGUGUUCUUACCAUAAUGGUAAUAGAUUGCAUUUGCCCCAUGAUCCUGCUUUGCAACGGUCGCUGCAGUUAGCUCUACGAAAUAGAGAUGAUCACGAUGAUGAUAUCAGAAGGUCCUAUCACGAUGAUCAUGAUGAAGAUGAUCAAGAUAUGGAAACUGAUGAUCAUGAUGACUUUGAAGAGAAUUAUGCUUCCCAUGGAGAGAAUAGAGGAAUCUUUGGUACAUCAGGGGGAUCUAUGAAGAGAUUAAAACACGGGCAAGGCCAAGAAGAUACUAUUACGUUUGGGAGUGCUUUAAACAGUCAAGAGUACAACAAAAGUUCAUAUCCUCAAAUGGUACAAUCUGAUGUAAAUCAAGCGUUACCUGAAAACAUGAAAGCAGCUUGGGUACAGAAGCAAUGGUUUGAAUCUCGUUCGCUUCAAUUAGAAGAACAGAAGUUACAAAUUCAGGUUGAGUUGUUGGAACUAGAGAAACAAAAGUUCAAGUGGCAAAAGUUUAGUAAGAAAAAAGACCGGGAGUUGGAAAAGUUAAAGCUGGAGAAUGAAAGAAUGAAGGUAGAAAAUGAACGUAUUGCAUUAGAACUAAAGCGAAAGGAAAUGGGCACUGGCUUUAACUAGGUUGAUUGUCUUGCAAGCUUUUCUGGCAGUCUCAUUACAUGCAUGCUCUUUGGGGUCUCUGUUUGGAGGGAAAUGUUCAGAUUUUAUGGGGAAAGUUCCAUGCUAGGACAUGUUAUGGUGAAA